UUGCAUGAAUUUUAUUGAGAAUCUUUUAUUAUUUUAACUAAUUUAUCCGUAAAACCUGUGAAUGUCGCGAAAGUGUUAACGAAAAGGAUAAACUAAUAGUCGAGAUUUCGGUGCCUAAAGUCUGCAUGUGUAUGCAAGUGUCGUUCAAUUUAGAAGUAAACAUACAAACUAAGAAAUUGGAUUAAACACCAACUAGCUACCUUUUUGGAGAAUUCUUAUGACCAUCCACCAACAUUCCAAUUGGGAAGUUAUUCAAAACAAUCAUCGUGUUUUCGCUGUUCCUCUUACCGGCUGCUGUUGCCGCUCUGCUACUGAUGGUGGUGCUGCUACUACACACUUGCUGACUCGGUUUAUUUUGAUUAUUGUUUGGUGUUUCUUUUGUGCUGUCUGUUCGUUACACCCACAAACAACAACUACAACAUAUUCUAUGGGAUGCUUUGACCGCAACGGGCACUGCGUUGAAAUGAAAUUAGAAAACGAAAGCGUUUGCACAAGCCCUCUGACCUACAAUCAAAUAAAGAUGAGGAUUAUACAACUUUUCAAGCAGCUUUAAUGGACAAAGCGCAUAUUACACGCUAUAAAGCCCUUAUAGAGAUUUUAUGGACCUCAUGGCAAUUUUAACAAUUUAAGGAUUUCAACAACAUUUCGCAUUCACGGUCUUACCAGCCAGACAUCAUCCCAGUGCAGAGUGUCGGUCCGUCGUCCAUCUGUGAAUAAUACCCCAUAGUAGUUCAGUGAAAGAAACAAUAAUCCCCCAAAGAAAUUGAACCGAAAACAGCAUUUGGCAGCGGCAGCAUAGAAGUGCCAGCAGCAGCAUCAUCUACAGCAUCAUGCACAGCGGCUGUUGGAGAAGCAGAACAAAAUCAAUAUAACAUAGCAUGGAGAUGAUUUGGCAAGCAAAAGUGGCAUAACCAGAAGCUGCAUUUUCUUUGUCGCCUGUAUCGCUCUCUCUCUCUCGCGCUCUCUCUUUGUUAAUGUAGUCUGCUGGUUGUCACUGAAUUUGACUCUUGAUUGGACUUUGGUGGUUAGUGAUGCUUUCUACUGCCUGCUGGAAGUGCUUCCAAAUUGGUGUCACUGUAUUUUUCACAACCCACCAAUUCACAAUCGACCCAAAGGAAUCUCAACAAUUGUGAAGAUGUGAAGAUAUAAUUAUUUGCUUUUUGCAUGUAAAUAAUAGAAAAAUCAACUAGGAAAACGAAACAGCAGCAGCAGCAGACACGCAAUGGCAAUGGUAGAAAAAUUCCUACCAUAGCUAAAUUGAAUUACAAAUAUCAUACACAACAAUAUGGGCCCAUGGUGAUGAUGAAGAGAUAAAACCAUAGAAAGAGACCCCCAAGAAUAGGACCAUACAGCGACCAUAAAGUCCAAAGUAAACAGAGAAAAGACAUAAACCAAUCAGAAAAUCAAACAAGCUCCGCCACAUCGCAAACAUACUGCAUUUACAGCUCCUCAUGUGUUCAUGAAAAAAACGGAGAAUUAUUGUAAACAAACAUAAGGAUCGCAUUGAAGAAUAAACAAGAACAACUAUAGAACCUAGAACCUCAUACACACACCGUAUGGAUGUGCAGAGUCCAUAUAUCUCCAUCCAUAGUAGCGGCAAUGAAUGAUUAAUUUCGUGUUUUCCAAGCGGAAAAUGUUGGUGAUAUUGAAAAACGAAAUGUAAACAACACAUUGAUGAUUAGAACUACAAUGUCUCCUACUGAUCGCCAUAAAAACAUUAUCGAUCAGAAAUUCAUUAACAAAAACAACAACAAUAGAGUGGUAUACCAACAUUUACUACCAGCAACAUCAAAUCGUAAGCAAAUAGCCUGUAUUGCAGCAGCACCAGCAGCAGCAGCAUUAAGGCCAAUGUUGUUUACCUUUACCAACGGCCGACACACUGAAAACUCUGCCACCAAGAAAAGGUCAACGUUAUCCUCCUCAAUAUCAUUGUCACCUUUGCUGAGGUUAGAAUUGCGUUUAUUGCUGCAUACCAGUGUUGAAAUAGAAGAAGAAGAACAACAACAACAACAAAACCAUCAAAGCAGAGUUGUUGUUGUUCCUGCGACCAUUAGUGAUAGGAAUUGUUUGUUGUAGAUUCCAGUACUAUCAACGCCACCACACAAACAACAACAACACCAACAACAAGAACAACAUAGGUUCCGAGGCACGUUUUCCCAUCUAGCCAAAGCAAACAAUCAUAGAACGCCAAGGGCAGGCAGAUUACCCAACCAUACGCCAUACGACAGCCUUUUUGGAAAUUUGGUUUUGUAAAACCCUGGGUCAUUGGGUUUUGCAUUCAUUUCCCUAACGAACUCUAAAGUGUUCACAACGAAAACCCGCCGCGUUGUAAUUUCCAUAGUCAAGAGGAAAUAGACUUGUCCCUAACCAACCACCAGGCAUUUAAAUUGAAAAUAUUCUUAAAAACGAAAGUUGACCCACCUACUCCAAGAACUUUACCAUUAUUUUGGAGCACUUCAGUGCAUUGUGGCUAUACGUUAACGUUAAGCAGCCGUAGCCAUUUACAUUGAACACGAACAGCAGCUGCCAGCCAUUGGCGCCCAACGUGUGGGCUAGGAAACUUUGCUGGCGCCCAUAUCACCUUCUGCCAUAUUUUUAAGCUCAAUGUGAAACCAAUGGAAAAUGAUGUCUAUGAUGAUGUUUUACGUGAACAAAAGCAGCUUUAAAAGCAACAUCACCAGCACCAGCACCAGUAGCUGUAGCAGUAGCAGUAGCAGUAGUGGCGGCAGCAUAAAUAAUCCCAAAAGCGGCCAAGUCGCUCAGCCACAGCAUAGCAUCCAUAUUAGCUUUAAAUCCCAAAACAAAAUCGCCCCCAAGUGCAGUGAAGAUGCUGCGCUCAUCAACUCCAACAUCUUGGGAGAAGAAAAUUUGGAGGAUACCCGGCAUAAGCCAACAAUGGAGCAGCAACAGCCACACAGAUGGUCUAGUAGAAAUCAUAAUAAUAGCCUGGAGUUAAGUCACCCAUUGGCUUAUUGCAAAAGCAGAUUUUGUAGAUGUUCUUACCAGGGCUCUUGUUGCCAAUGUUGUUGCUGCUGCUGGGACAAUAGCAGCGGCGGCAGAGAGCUCAAGCAGCUGCCUGAAAAGAGAACAAUAAGUGGCAUCGAUAAUGGGGAAAAAGCUCAAAGUCCAAUAGCAACAAAUUGUGGGAAAAGUAGCAAUAUAAAGGAAAAGCAAAGCAUUCAACGGCUGGCACAGCGAAAUGCAGAUGAUUGCUUAAGCAGCAGCAGCACCAGCAACAACCCCAACAACUGUUGUUGUCACAACAACAGCAGCACAAACUUAACAACUACCAUUAGCAGCAUUACUAGCCUUAGGACUAGAGAAUAUGAUAAAACAACAACAGCAACAAAGACUAGGAGUAGGACAUGGACAUGGCCAACAAGGCCUGCGAAUACGCUGAAUGGGCAUGAAUCCAGCGGCGGCAUCAAAGAUGACCCCACCACCACCACCACCACCACCAACAGCAACCCAGAAAAGACUUUAAGACCUCUUGGGCUCUCACUGUCACAAAGCCAUUCAAAACCAGCCGAGUCAACAACGAGAACCAAGUCAAAGCUUUACCACCCUUACCAUACUGCUGAGCGUCAGCUAAAACGUAAGCAGUACACCAAAAGCCUUAGAAGAACUUUAUCAACAUGCGUUUUCCCCUCCACACCAUCCCUAGCAGCAGCAGCAGCAGCAGCAGCAUCAACCGCUAUAGCAACAGCCUCAUGCUUAUACAACAACAUUAUUAGGCAUUUAGGCCUACAGCUAUGUUGUCUCCUGCUGUUAAGACUUACCAUGAUGACCACUGGUCUUGCUGUUGGCAUGGAUACAGCAAAUGCAAAUCUCACCGAUUUGGGCAGUCCGGGUAUGUACAAGUCUCAUAACAUAAAAACCAUAUGCUAACCAACUGCCUCAGUGAAACGUAGUCUAUAGCAAAAUAACAUCAUCUUAACCAAAGAUUAACAAUAUAAUCAAGUUUGGUCAUUUCCUUUUUACCCCUUUCUUUGACCUGCUGUUUCCCUUUCACACUCUUUAUUUUUUUUUUCUUCUUGCCUUCCAUAAUUUCUAUAUCAGUUAUGCUCGCACAAAAAUCAAAGCUGCCUCCCCCAGAAGCUGAGGAUUUUGAUUUUUUGUGUGUGUGGCCUCCAGCUGGUUUAAACAGUUUUUUUUUCUUUUCCUCUUCUAUCUUCUCCCCCCCAUUUGCGACACUUAUGGGGGAAAAAGGAAACAAUUCUAUGCCUCCCAAUAUGUUGCGACAGACAUUAAAUAAAGAUAUUCUCUAUGGGGAUUUUCGAUGAGGACUUUAUUGGCAAAUUUAAAAGCUUUUCAAUUUAAUACAAAAAAAAAAAAAAACUUUGAAUGGAAUUGUCUUCUAGGCCAUUUUGAAAGCUGAUUUUCAAUCUACGCACUUGUUUUUCAAAAAAAAAAAAAGAUCUAAGAGCUAAGAUCCAGUGUCCUUCCUUUUUUCCAUUUAAAUGCUUUUUUAUGCAAAGCGUAGCCCAGAAUGGGUUAAUCACAUAUGACACAAAAGAAAAUUGAAGCAGAAGUAUAGUGACCUAUAGAUACAUAGAAAAUAGAAAAGAAAGAGUUAAACAUGAAAGACUUUCAAAGUUUUAUGAAUUAAAAGUUAGUUGAAUAACUUGUUAUGUGGUUGUUUCGUAAUUUGCAUAUGAUAUCCAAAUGGUUUAUAUAAAAACCCUUUAAUUAAAGAAAUGUCAGCUAUUGGUCUGUCAGACGGACGAACAAAAUUCACAAUAGCAAUUUAUUUGCAGA